ACGACCAUGCACAGUCAGGUUGGGUGCCGGACCUUCCUGCUCACUGGCAGGGACUUCGACAUGUGGCACGACUACAUGAACCUGGGCAGACAGCUGAGGCAGCGCGACCACAGAGGGAUGGAGACCAGAGCCGACAGCAGCGCACAGGUGGGGCCGAAAACACCACGAGGCCAGGAGCAGGCCCCGCAUCACCAGGAGGAAGACUCCGCGGACAGCAUCAACCUGAGCUCCGCCAGCAGCUUUUCGGACACCUCCUGCAACACCACCUCCUUGGACUACUGCCGCUUCUGCAAACAAAACGGGGAAUCCGUAGUGGUGUACCGGUCACAUAGGCUGAAGGCGGACGACGGGCGGGUCACCUGCCCCAUCCUGUGGAGCUACACCUGCCCCUUAUGUGACGCCACCGGGGACAAGGCGCACACACGCCGGUACUGCCCGCUGAUGCAGCGCCCAGGUUGGAUGACAGGAACGGACCAUAAUGUUAGAUUCUGGUAA